AUGUCUGUCCACAGGCGACAGGCCUCCCUCAAUAACAACACGACAAAAAGCUCUGCCCCGACCUCAGGUACCUCUUCCUCGAGUACAAAUACCUCGGCCGGCGCUCUAGCCGCAGCGUUUUCGUUUGCCGGCCUCUACUUUCGGUCGCAUGCUGCCAAAGCGGCCCUCUUGACGCUGACACCCCAUCAUCUCUUUUACCUCCUGUCUCGCAUGGAAGAGCUGGAUAUAGCCAUUGGGCCGAUGAACAUUCGCCUGGAGAGCCUCACCAACGAGCCUACACCCUCCAAUUAUGUCUCCUUCCUGCAAACCCAUAAACCAGCCAAAGGCCGCAGCGAUAAAGAUUCCAUACACUCUGUGUCCAGCAUGCGAAGUGUCAUGUCGGGAAUGAGCUCUUUCUGGUCGUCCAUUGGUCUUGGAGGGAGCGCAUCUAAAAGCGAGAAGGCCAAAGCCCUCACACAGGCAGAUCUCACCUACCUCUAUUCUGCCUUUACCAAGCUUCCUUCUCUGCGCCUCACCACUGAUCACCGCGCCAGGCUAAUCAAGGGUUACGAGGAAUUCCCGUUCGACACUGCUGUUCCAUUAUUUGCUUUCAAAAACCUUCAACAGCUGGAUAUAGUAGAUCUCGAUUUUCGUCAGUUCUUUGGAUGGGAUCGAAUGUCCGAGCAGCUGACGCUACUCACCGUGAAGCGUGCCAAUGUCACUGAUCCGACCGAGUUGCUCACAAAUAUAGUUUUGGAUGACGCUGAAAAGCGUCGAAGGCGGUCGACCAAGGGUGGCCGCGGAUCUCCCACUAUGUCUGCCUCUUGGACGGUGCCAUCAACGCCACGAGCUGAAUAUGCACAGUCACAUUCCGAUCCAGGCUCCCCUGCACAUGGAAGUUUGGAUAAUGAAGACUCGAUGGACCCAGGGCCCAAAGCGAAGCCACUCUCGGGAAGCGUGUCUCCAAAACGGCCCGGCGCCUCUCGGCCUGCCAGCUCCUAUAGGCAUAUUCGGACUUACUCGUCGACGGUGAGAAGGACGGGGUCUGGCAGUUCCUACUCGAGCGAAUACUCGAUUCAGCCACAUCGUAGCGAGAGCAGCACCAACAUGUUGAGCUUAAAUAUUCUACCUCCCUCGAAAUGGCAGAGGCUGAAGUAUCUGUCCCUGGCAGACAACUCCAUGACCACCAUCUCAGCACAGAGUCUGGCCCCUGUAGCCAGCACUCUUCGAUCUCUCAAUCUCUCCUCUAACCUCUUCAACGAAAUUCCGGAUAGCUUGGCGUCUUUGACGAGGCUCGUUUCUCUUGAUCUGUCAAAUUGCAUGAUUGGUUCUCUCCAGUCGCUGUCAAGAUCGCCUCUGCCCGCGGUUCUCACAAUUAACCUCAAAGGCAACCGCUUGCGGUCCUUGGCUGGUGUUGAAAAGUUGUUGUCUUUGGAACAAUUGAACGUCCAGGAUAAUCAACUCUCAGACCCGAUGGAAAUGGCGCGGCUCACGGGUAUACCGAAUUUAAAACGGAUAUGGGUCAAGCGAAACCCUUUUACGAAGACCCACUCUGAGUAUCGGGUAACGACAUUCAAUCUGUUCCGAAAGACACCUGGUUAUGUUGAUGACAUUAUCAUUGAUGAAUCAGGACCAGGUUAUUCGGAGCGCAAGCAGUUGGUGGAUCGAGUCCCCGAGGUUGAAAGAGAGCUUUCGCAACCAUCCAUCAGAAUCGCUGAGCACCCAGUCAUUGUUCAACAGUCCGAUCCGGCUCAGCCCGGCUCCACCGAGCUAGCGGAAAUGGUCAUGAACACGACUCGUCGGAAAAAGGCUCCUCGGAGACGGAUAGUCGAUUUGGCACAUGAUGAAACAUUUGCCCGGAUUCCUGAUGAGGAUCUAUCGGCGACCAUCACGCCGAGUGCUCGGAUUGCAAACCGCGAGAAUGUGCCUACGCUCAACGACCCGGUCGUACCAAAAUCGGCAUCGGCAGAAGCCGUGGUGGACGAUGUUUUCGACGGUUCGACGGAGGCACCGUCUGUUGGCUCGAGCGAGCCGGCUCAGCAACAUGACGACUACCGAGCGAAAGUGGAGGCACUCCGACAAGAAUUUGGUAGCAAUUGGCUGAGUGCCCUGGGUGACAAAAAUUGGCACAACAACCAUCAUUUUGAAGUGUUGCAGGGGCAAAGCCUGGGCCAUGAUGCAUUGCACCGGUCAGGACACCAGGUCAUUGUCAGUGGCGGCGGGCGGACGCUGGGAUGA